AUGUCAUCAUACAGAGGUAAAUCUGAUUAUGAUUGUAUAUGGGUGGGUGGUGUUGAAUCAUUUUAUUCAAAUUUUUCUACAUCCAAAGGUUUAAGAACUUUUAAAUUAGUUGUUGAAGAUACAGUUUUUUAUAUCAAUCCAGGAUAUUUUGGUGAAUUAUCUUCUGUUUUCCAGAAUGCCUAUGAAGAGAUGAAUAAGGCUGGUAAAGAUAUUUUAGAAAUUCACAAAUAUACUCCAUCUGAAAUUUUGGAACUUCUUAGAGUUGUUACACCAUGUCCUGUUCAAAAACCUAUAACCAAUGAUAAUGUUACAUUGUUAAUUAAAUUAGCAUCAUCCUUAGAAAUUGAUCAACUUAUUCAUGAGAUUGAAUAUUUUAUAACAAAAAAUCAUACUACAAUGCCAUUGUUAUUGGUUGGAGAUAUUAUUAAAACAAUGUCUAUUCUUGAGUUGCAAGCAUAUGAUUCUUAUGGAGUUUUGUUGAAUUAUCUUGCUCAACUUCCAACACCUGAAUAUGACAAGAUUUCAUCAUCAACAUCUCUUGGUGAUGGUGGUUAUAGUGAUCUUAUAGAAAUUAGGGGUAGUCAGGCAAAUUUAAAACUUAUCAAAUGUAGUUCAAGAAAAGAAAGUUUUAGGAGGAAUUCAAUUAAAUUUGCAAAGCCGAUUAUUAACAUGUUUAAGAAAAAUAGUUUUAAUUUGAAAUAA